GUAAGUUGUUCAAUAUCGAUUCUUCUCAACUGUGAACUCAGUUCAUUCUUACUGGUGAAACAUACAGUCUUGCGGGUUCAGCGACUUCACAUUAACGUUUAUCUCGCUAUCUAUCUCUUGCCCAUUUCUUGGCGGACAGGCUCGGGCUUAGCAUUACUCAAGCACUCUGGCACCACCUUGACCUAACGCAUUCAUCUCUGGUCCACGGAGGGGAGUCAGCGAGAUCCUAGACUGUAUGUCUGACUACGCAUCCUCGUCUUCUCGCCCUGCAACACCAGUAGGAGAUCUCCCCAACUUUGCUUCCGCCAAGGCCUACAGGUUUAAUUGGGAUGCUGGCAACAGGAAAGGUCCUGGAAGCAUAUCCGAGACUACUGAGGGUAGAGGCGAUUAUUUUGCUUCCAAUGCUGUCUAUGACCUCUAUAAUACCUCCGCCACAUCCCUAACUACUUCCCAGUUGCCGUCGGAAUGGAGUAGUACAUUGCAUGGCUUCCACGCUAUUUCCACUGUUGUUAAUAGCCCACAUAAACGUUCUGCACCUCCAAAAGCUCAUUCAAGUCUACCUGCUGUAUCACCCGCUGACCUUCCCCGUGUUCGGCGGAAGGACUUUGACGCUUACCUCCGCUCAGUAGCACCAGAAUGGGAACGAUUCCAGCAGAAUGCUGAACAGGGACGGGAAGGUGUUGCUCAGGUUGAUGGUCCUUCAUCAUCUCACCUCACCACGGGACACGAUGAUGUGACAACCACUCCACGGACUCCCAAACCUCCGCCUGGUAGACCUCUACCUCCAUUGGAAAGUGUACCAGACAUCUAUUUUGACCCAAAGUUCAAUUUGGGUGACCCCCAAAUAUUCAACGCUAUAAUGGAGUAUGGAGACGCAGACAGGCUUGAUUUCACAGACCCUCUUUCCCUUGAAUAUUCACAACCAGUCUUGGACAACCUCUCGCACUACGCGGACACAAUCGAACAACAUCUUGUCCGAGAGAUCUCACUCCGCUCUACAUCCUUCUUUGCUGCCCUGUCCAACCUACAAGACCUACAAAAGGUAGAUGAGAAAGGAGCCAAGAAGGGCUUGGUGAUCGUGCGGAAGGAGAAUCAGUUGAAGAAUCUUGGUAUCGUGAAGGAGAGCGUGAAGGUCGUGAGCGGAGUGAUUGAGAUGACGGGUGUUGCGAAAAGUUUGGUAAACGCAGGCCAAUGGGGUGAAGCUUUGGAUGUGAUUGACGAAUUGCAGUCAUUAUGGGAUGCACAUUCGACUCAUGACACCGACGCAAACAUUCCGCCAACGUCAAUACCUAGGACAGACCCUCGUUCAUCUCCGCUACCUACUGUUCCAGAAUCACCACCCGUAAGUCCGGGAGUCUCACCGUCACACGUCAAGAAACCAUCAACAUCCGUACCCAUUUCCUCCCUACAAGCGUUUGCCGCUCUACCAUCUCAUCUUCGCGAGCUGACGCUGGAGAUCACGUCUUCCCUUACUUCUGAAGUUGUCAACGUGCUUCGUUUAGAUCUCCUUGAGCGAAUAGAUGGUUCAGACAAGGGCAGGUCAUCAGAAGAAGGAAUGAGGCUGUCGCUCAAGGACAAGUUGAGACCUUUGCUUCAUUCGUUGGCACGGACAAAUGGUAUCAGGGAAGUCACGUUGUCGUGGAAGGAAGUUGUAGUGGCUGAAGUACGGAGUCUGCUGAAACGACGAAUACCCGCGUUCGACUUCGAUUUUGACGAUCCGCAUAGUAACAAAGGGGCCGAAACUGCCAAAGAACUCCGUUCAAUGACACAUUUGGCAUUCAUGGAGCUAGCGCGAGAGAUGUAUCAUAGUUUCCUCAGGUGCAUAGAAGGUCUCCAAGCUCAAAGUACUAGCAUUCUCGACGUCCUGGAGGCGAUUCGGUAUGUCUCUACUCCCUUCCUCGCUUUCAUUUUCUGCAUACUCCCCUCACUUUUAUUUCUUCACCAAACUCACGUCCUUUCUUUUCGCUCGAUGAGGCAUCCGAAGUCAACCAUCGACCUUGCGGGUGUCCGAGAAGACCUGUCAGAUAUUCUCUCCAGCGCCGGCGAGCUUGCCAACGGAAGAGCAGGCAAGGUCGUCAACGUCCGUUCAGAACAACAUACCAACUUGGAUCUACCGGAGUUCUAUACGUUCUUUACUGUUUCAUGGGACUUCGUGGUUAAAAGUGAGGUUAUUUGUAAGAGGAUGAUCGUCGCAUUGAGAGGUGUGAUCGUCAGUCAGGCAAAAACAUUCCUACAAGCAUUCCAUCAGACUCGAAUAUCACAGUCUGCGAAACUGGUGGAAGAUGAGCAAUGGAACCCGGCGGAGGUGAUUCCGCCAGUGCAACGUCAGGUUGAUAUGCUUGUCGAUGCGUCGAUACGAGAUCCUCGUGAAUUCCUUUUCAAUCCACCGCCUGCUCAUCAUGUAUCUCCUCUACCUCCUACCUCCCCAGGGCUAUCUGCAUCUCCGACUCUCACGGCGAACGGUUCCACUCAGCUUCCUUCAUCACCUCUUCCUUCACCAAAUCUCAAUCAAACACAGGUCAAUGGUAGCCCACGUCGUUCAGCCAAUCCCAGCAAACACUUAAAGAUUGAAGACCGAAAUUACUUCGCAGUGGGUGCGACAUUGGAAGUGUUACUCCUCCUGGUGGAUUAUCUGAAAGUCAUCAUGAAUUUGCCCAUGUUGACGACCGAUACGAUGAGCCGGGUGAUUGAAUUAUUGAAGGCGUUCAAUUCUAGGACGUGUCAGGUUGUUUUGGGUGCAGGUGCUAUGCGUUCUGCGGGAUUGAAGAAUAUCACUGCUAAGCAUCUUGCACUUGCGUCGCAGUCAUUGUCAAUCAUGAUCUCGCUUAUCCCCUAUGUGAGAGAAACGUUCCGACGGCACCUCAACCAGAAACAGGCAGUGAUCCUCAUCGAAUUCGACAAACUCAAGCGGGAUUACCAAGAACAUCAGAACGAGAUUCAUGCCAAGCUCAUCGCGAUCAUGGGUGACCGGUUGACUGCCCACAUCCGUAGCCUACAAAGUGUCCGAUGGGAUCUGCCUCCGCAGCGUCAAGGCGUCAACGAAUACAUGGAAUUACUGGUCAAGGAAACUGUCACGCUUCACAAGGUUCUCUCUAGAUACUUAUCGCCAUCGAUAGUCGAGUACGUGAUGUCCCAGGUUUUCGCUGCUAUCAACCACCGGCUUUCGGAAGAGUACACGAAAAUUGAACUUCCUUCCCAGGAAGCAAAGGAGCGACUGCUAGCAGAUGCUCGAUACCUCAUUCAGAAACUCUCCGGGCUGAAGAAUGUUGGCGCACCCACGGCGAUGCUUGAAAUCAUCAUUUCAGAAAAGAGCAUCGCGCGGAAGGCUCCCCCUCCCAACUCGCCCGCACUUGUCAGCACACCUUCCCGACUAAAAGGCAUGCUCGGCAGGGCAGACAGCUUGAGAAAAGCGCCAGCCACACCAAUGCCACAAUCACAACCACAAUACGUUCCUGAAGUCGAGAAAGCGGUCCCUCUGCCCACUAGUCCGACACCUCUAAUUGUGUCCUCGAUCUCGCCGUCACCCUCUCCUCAACCACCUUCUUUGGCAGCCAUGACAGUCAACUCCACAUUUUCUCCACCCCCUGCCAAUGUACUAGAUCAAGGCACGUCGCCUGGAAUAAACGCCAUCGUUCCUGACCAUGGGAAUAAUGUGAACGGAACCGAAGUUCACGAUCAGUCGUCUGAGCAGAUUGAAUUGCCCAAGCCUUUGGACAUUAAGGAACAUGCAAACUUGGCGACAAGUAGGCCUGAUUCACCUCCACCACCUACGCCGGAGAAGGACCCGUCACAGCACAAUGGGAUCAUAACAGGUCAACCUGAGGCGGCUGGCUUCGCGUAGUAGAUGUUGUUGUCUUUGCAUCAAGUACGCUUUGAUGCCCCGAUGCACCUUUUGUUUAUAGUUUCUGGAUCAUGGAUGGUGCUACUAAUUGGAUUUUUGCAUUUCUGAAACUCGUUUAUUUGAGUGUCAACAUUUCGUCACAGUUUUUUUGGCCAACCGCCGGCCACUGGUCCAACCAACACUUAUCUCGCCGACUUUGAACUUUCAUCCAUCUGCGAAUCUCGUUUCUGGCCUCUUAUCUGAGAUAACGCUUAGGAAUAGCGUGACACACUGUCGUCCACAAUGGUCUCGACGUUGAUAAAGACUGUAGGCCGACGCUUAGGCGAUACUUUCGGUUGAAGCUUCUGUCUCAAGUAAGUAUAAACUCUUUUUCUGCGGAUAAAAAUGAUCCGUUACUUCAAUUUGGUUGAGCCUCUUGAAGUUCGCUUCGGGAAGCGAACCUCUGAAGGUUUUAUUGAAACAAGACAUACUUGCAAUCUCGAAGUAUGAUUGGCUCACGGCAACUUCUCGUCUUGGGAUAUUGAACUUCCGGCUGUAUGCAUGAAUUCUGGCGACGGAAGCUGAAAACAAGGUGGACAAUCAACGACUUAUCUUUGUGAGUAGAUUCACAACGUAGAUUUAAAAGAAGAUCCCCUCGAUGAGUGCAAUCAAUAUACGAUUAGACAUGUCAAAUGACCGCAAUCACUGUCAUGCUCCCGCUGGUUCACGAAAGAACCUCAAACGAGAGAAUUAUUAUUUCCGUCGCCCUUUGGUCACCUUCCGAUCAAUCAAACAUACGUAGAGGAUGCUUCAUCCUCACAGACAAACUCGAUUAAAUUCUUUUAUUGGCAUAAAGCUCAAAAAAAUACGCACGUGCAAGAGAACAACGAACGUGUGUAUGAGACACGAAUAGUCAAGCAUCCACUAG